AUGGAUCACCGUCCGCAGGCCUGGGGUCGUCCCAGAGACGACGUCUUUGGGCCCUACGAUCCCUCCUACCUUCAGACAACGGGCCCCAAGACGGCAACACAACAACCCAUCGUGACGGGCACAUCAGUCAUAGCCAUCAAGUUUAAAGAUGGCGUGGUCAUGGCUGCUGACAACCUGGCCUCCUACGGCUCCCUAGCCCGCUUCACCGACGUCAAGCGUCUUCACCCCUUCCUAGGCCACACGAUCGUCGGCUUCGGCGGCGAUGUCUCCGACAUGCAAUAUCUAACACGCCACCUCAAUGAGCUCGCAAUCGACGAAGCCUAUGACCACGAAGCGGCCUCAGCUCAGUCGGGUGGCGGCAGCCACCUCAACGCAGCCAAUCUGCACAAAUACCUUUCCAAGCUGAUGUACCGGCGGCGGAACAGCUUCGACCCGCUGUGGAACGCAAUCCUGGUCGCUGGGUUUGAUAGCCAAGGGAAGCCGUUCCUAGGGUCAGUUGAUUUGCGGGGCACGGCAUUCACGUCGCCUUCGCUGGCGACAGGAUUCGGUGCUAUGCUUGCACAGCCUAUCAUGCGGAAGUAUGCGGCGACAGAGGGAGAUACGGAGAAUAUGACCCGGGACGAAGCGGUGCGCGUGGUUAAGGAAUGCAUGAAAGUGCUGUUCUACCGUGAUGCUCGGUCGCUGGACCGGUACAGCCUCGCGGUUGUUACGAAGGAUGGUGUGGAACUGAGCGAAGACGAGCAGUUGGAACAGCAAAGCUGGGCCUUCGCCGAGCGCAUCCGGGGCUAUGGCACCCAGACUGUCCCCUCACUUUCCGGCUCCGAGACCAUCUCGGCGCUGUUGGCCCUGUACCCUUGA